UGCCGCGCGAGCUUUCAUACAGAGUGCCCGUGUCGCACGCCGGUGCGUUUCUGGCGCGUAUUUACGCACGCUGCCGUUCAACCUUAAAUCCAAUUAAAAAACAAUGUGUCAGUGACCGCUAAGCACGUAUAAUGGGAUAAUCGUGUGAUAUAGAUAUAGUGCAUAGUUCGUUGUAAGUGGAAAAUGUUUUUGAAGGAUGUGAUUUUGGAAAAAUGUUGAGGGCGUCCCGCGCGCGAUGUGUGCACGUAGGAUUGCUGUGGUUCAUUUUGUGCCUAGGCGACGUAGACGGACUUAUAGAAAUAGUGGAAGAGCAGCAAUGCCACGAGAACGAGUUCCGACUAACAUGUCGCGACCUGGACUCUCACAUCGCAGUGCUGGAGGCGUGGUACACCUCCGCAGAAGACUACCACUACAACACCACCCACGAAAGCCUCCGAAUUAAAACUGAAAACGAUUCGGAACUAAACAAAGUAUAUGUGUAUUCUAGUCCAAAACAUAAUGGAGUUUAUCAACCCUCAAAUCAUUCCAUGUCAGAUAACUCCUCAAAUGUGAAUAGCACCUUCGAUUUUAUUGAUUUGUUUAACGAUACUGAUAAUGUUAUGCUUUUUAAUGAUACAGUGGAUAUGUCAGUGGAUUUUGUGAAUGUGUCCGCUUGUGGUUUACCGAACUUCGCGAGGAGUUACGCUAGUUGGCGUGAAGGAGAUAAGAGACGGAGACACCAGUCCAGGGAAGCUGCUAUCAAUUUGCGAGCGCCUGUUAGUUACCGAUGUACAGGCGUGAAUCAUUGCAACUUCGUGCUGUACGAGGACUACCCUCCAGCCAAGAGAUGGACGCCCGGCGUCGUGUAUAUAAAAUAUGCUUGUUUUGAUGAUACCCUAUCAGUACAUUACUGCAAUAGAGAAGUGAAGAUUGCAGAAAUGGGUGAAGACAGCGAAGGGUACAUUCGUACCCCAGGUUACCCACACUUCUACGUCGGUGACGAGUGCCGCUGGCGACUGAGGGUUCACCCCGAACAAAGGGUUAGGGUGACCUUGAUGGAUGUCAGUUUGAGAAGUAUAGGACCGUUCGAGAAUCGGUGUACUGACCACGUGACGGUUCAAGACCUGAAUGGAGACAUCCUCCUCUCGUCCUGUGACCAGGUGGACCUUCCACUAAGGCUGACUUCAGUCACCAACAUAGUCGAUGUUACCGUAGAAGCAAAAUCCAAAGGAGCUUAUCCAAAAAGAGGGGUUUUGUUGCAUUAUAAAAGUAUAGGUUGCGUUACGCCACUACCGCCAUCUAACGGCUACCUUGUGUACCGCAACGAAGACGUUGCUCACUACGUGUGCAACGUGAACUUUGUUUUCGUGGAUACGCGACAGAGGGCGCGCUUAAUAUGGUGCUAUGAUGACAAUAGAUGGAAUGACACUGUGCCUUUGUGUGUUGAAGAGGCGGGUGUGACAGACCCCGAGGGAGAUUCUAAAAGACAGGAACAGUACAGCACCACCAUGGCGCCUCACGACGUCCCCGAUAUGAUGGUUGACAUAGUCAUACCAUCGCUACUCAUAGCUGCGCUGUUCGUCGGCAACGCAUUAAUCGUACUCAUCAUAUACAAGUACAGGAAAAGGAAAGAAGGCGAUGAUGUCGAAGAUGAGUUCAACACCAUUCCACUGAGUGUGAACGGCAAUGUUCAUAGUGCGGGCAACGCUGUGUAGUCAUCUCUCAAACUAGGACGGACGCACACCGACGACUUUAACUAUCGCGACUAGACUUGCGACAAGUCUUUUUACAACUUAGACUUGUGAAAGCUGGAUCCUAAUUUUGUGCAAGUCUAAAAUUAUUGCGUAUGAUGUAGUUUCUUGGGCGUAUUAUCUGUGAAGUUUUAGUAUCAUUUCAUGUCUAUCAGACUAUCAUCACAGUAGGUUUAUGUAGAGUUAGGAAUACCGAUAAAAUUUCACAUAAUAUUUAUUUAUAGAUGCACUUAAAAAGUGUAGAAACGGCGAAUAUUAAAAAUAAAUAGCCGAGGAUUAAACAAUACUAAAUUGUUCAUAAAGACCUUCAACUUAUCUUGUUGCUGGUUAUCGAUAAUAGAAGCGAUUACGAUAUCUAAAUAAUGCAUUUGGUGAUAAUAACAAGAAACAUCAAGUGUUUUAAUUCAAUGAAGCGAUAAUUACUAAAUUACAGCUUGACCUAAAAUUAGACAAAAAUGUAGUUUCAUGUUUUAGGAACGUAAGAGUACCUACGACUAAUCGCAGAGUUACAAGUCGUCGGUGUGCAAACGGCCUUAAUUGAAUUGAACUCUAAAGUACGUUGGCACACAGGGCACCGGUGUCAAACACAUCGCUGGCCUGUGGAACAACCUCAAUAAGUUACCUUAUUUAUUAUUCAUUAGAUUCAAAAUAGAUCGCGAAAUAGUCCAAGUUUCAAUCUUUCUUAGGCCCUUUAGAUAUUAAGUAAGGACUGAUAUUGUUAAAUACUCUAUUAGAUUUUUUUUAUUUCACGCACGAUUCACUGCCUUUGUUGUCACUAGUAAGUCAAUUAUGUACCAUGUCUAAUGUUGAAGCUUCAUUGCUGUAGGCUAGUCGCUCAUAGGUACUUGAGAUUUUAAUUUCAUCCGAUCAUUAUUGUUGAUGUUUUUGUAUUCGGCGGAGUAUGUAUAAAUUCUGUAUUUAAUAAAAAGCACUUUAUCUUU